CUACUUCUACGAUCCGAUUGAUUGCGCAUGCAUCAAAAUGCACAAUCAAGCUAAGCGUACACAGUACAAUUAAGCGAACCUUCGCUUCACAUGUCUACGUACGUACGUGUGCACAGUUUGCUAAGGCGGGUAAUGCCCCGGGGUAAUGCGCGGGGUACGCGGGCACCGAUGGAUGGACCCCAAGAUGGACUAUGAACGCCCGGACAUAAUCAAUCAUAUUAGAUUAAGAAUGACUGGGCAUAUUUUCUAGGCCAGGGUUCGUGUAAACACAGUUUACCGGCCUCGUAUUAUUACAAUUCAGUCUCAGCUGUCGUCCAUCGCCAUCGCCCACCGCGACCGGUCUCCGAUAGAUUCUACUCGCCUGUGCGUUUAACAUACCACGGCUUUUACUUUAGGCAGACUUAUCAUCAGUUUAUUGUUUGUUUUCCCUUUAAACUUAAGCAAAAUGCCAGCAGAACAUCAUUUCAAAACAGGAGAGACUCUGCCAGCCCUAAAGCCAGGGGUUCUUCGUCUCUACAGUAUGGCCUUUUGUCCUUAUGCUGAGAGGACAAGAUUGGUAUUGGCAGCAAAGGAUAUUGACUAUGAGUUGGUGAACGUGAACACAUACAAGAAGCCAGAGUGGUACUUUGACAAGAACCCUGAUGGUCUGGUCCCAACUCUAGAAUUGGAUGACAAACUGAUCCAGGAAUCGCUUGUCACCUGUGAGUAUCUAGAUGAGGCUUACCCAGACACCCCUAUGUACCCAGCAGAUGCUUACCUCAAAGCCAGGGAUAAAUUAUUCAUUCAGAGAUUUGGAAAUUCCAUUCCAGCCUUUUAUCGCUCAGCAAAAGAGAAGGGAAAGAAUGAAGAGUUAAGAACUACACUACUCAAACAUAUGAACUCGAUUGAAGAUGAGCUGCAGAACAGGGGAACACCCUUUUUCUUUGGUUCUUCACCAGGUAUGGUUGACUAUGCUAUCUGGCCAUUCAUCUAUCGAAUCCCUUCCUCUAUGGCUCUUGGAUCCGGUGGUCUUCCAGAAUCAUUGGUUUUAUUGCAUCAGUGGAUAGAUCGAAUGCGUAAACAUGAAAUUAUAGCUCCUAGAAUAAUGGAAGAUGAAGCUUUGGUUGAAUUCAGCACUCAUUACCGUACACCUGGGAGUAGAUUUGAUGAGAUUCAAACCAAAUCUGUCAAGUAAAUUAAGAGUGACAAAAGUAUUGUAAUUGUGGAAUUUUCAGCCAGUCUAACAAUUCUGAAAUAUAAAAAUGAAAUGACAUAGUUUUAAUUAUGAAAAUGAUAAAGAUAAACCUUGUCAUUGAUGUUCACCAUUCCCUUGAACUAAAAAGAUUAGGGUCCAAUAACAGAAAUUGGUUUUCGUAUUGAAGUAAAAGAUUAUGUUUGAAAGCAAAGACCUUUGCAUUUAAGAUUUACCUGAUUACAUAAAUAAGCAUAUUUUUUUUAGAAAAGGCAAUUUCUAUUUUUAGUGGGUUGUAUUCAGUGACAGAUCCUAGUAGUGUCUGCCCCCUCAAAUUUUCACAGUAUAGGUUAUCCCCUCUGCACUGUAGUGUUAUUCUUGCUUCAUUUGCCUACUAAGAAAACAGUUGAAAAUACAUUUUUUUAUCUUUAUGAAUUACAAUAAUCAAUUUAAAAAACUUGUAUGCUUUGAAAUGUACUAUAUCCAUAAUUCCUUUGUUUCUUAGCAAUGUUUUAAUGAUAUGAAUGUUAAUAGAUUGAUAUUUGCUAUUCUCAUGGGCAUAUAUAAUUAAUGAUCAAGAUGUAUUCAUGUGCCUGAUUCAUAAAUCUGUUUAAAAGUUACAGGCAACAGGUGGUCCUUUCUUGUGGUAAGUGAUACACACCAAAUAUGUAUUGGUGUUGAUGUAAAAAUAGAAUAGAAAUAUCACUGAAGAAAUAAGAAUUGAGAAAAUUCCAUCAAAGAUUAAAAAGUUAUUCGAAUUUUGA